UUCUCUAAGAUGAGCGGCGAGGCUCCCCCGGGCCUGGAAGGCAGGGUCCAGAAAACGCUGCGAAAGGUCUUCGGGUUUGAGUCCUUCAAGACUUCCCUUCAGGAAAGCGCGACCAUGACUGUGGCAAGAGGCGAGAAGGAUGUCUUUGUAUGCAUGCCCACAGGGGCAGGGAAAUCCUUGUGCUACCAGCUUCCUGCAGUUCUGGCAGUGGGCAUCACCAUUGUCAUUUCACCUCUGAUUGCACUGAUUCAGGAUCAAGUGGAUCACUUGCUGGCUCUGAAGAUCAAAGCCUGCUCUCUGAACUCCAAGCUUUCUGCCCAGGAAAAGAAGACCAUCCUGGCUGACUUAGCAAGUGAGAAGCCCCAAGUAAAGCUCCUGUACAUCACCCCAGAGAUGGCGGCCGCCUCUUCCUUCCAACCUACGCUGAACUCUCUGGUGUCCCGAAACCUCUUGUCCUACCUGAUAAUUGAUGAAGCGCACUGCGUCUCCCAGUGGGGACAUGAUUUCCGACCUGACUACCUACGGCUGGGCACCCUGCGCACUCGCAUACCCAAUACACCAUGUGUUGCCUUGACUGCCACUGCCACCAAGCAGGUCCAGGACGAUAUUGUGGCAGCGCUUAAGCUAAAGCAGCCGCUUUCCACAUUUAAGACUCCUUGCUUCAGAUCUAAUUUGUUCUAUGAUGUGCAGUUCAAAGAGCUCUUGACUGAUCCAUACACCAACUUGAAGGAUUUCUGUCUGAAGGCGCUUGAAGUGAAGAACACCACUGGGGCGUACUCCGGUUGUGGCAUUGUGUACUGCAGGAUGAGGGAUGUGUGUGACCAGCUGGCUAUUGAAUUGAGCUACCGAGGAGUGAAAGCCAAGGCGUAUCACGCAGGACUCAAGGCAGCUGAUAGGACUUCAAUCCAGAAUGAAUGGAUGGAGGAGAAGAUCCCAGUUAUUGUUGCAACCAUCAGUUUUGGAAUGGGAGUAGACAAAGCAAACGUCAGAUUUGUCGCCCAUUGGAAUAUUGCUAAGUCAAUGGCUGGAUAUUACCAAGAGUCUGGCAGAGCUGGGAGAGAUGGGAAGCCAUCCUGCUGCCGCCUCUAUUACUCGAGGAAUGACCGGGAUCAAGUCAGCUUCCUGAUUAAGAAGGAGCUCUCUAACAUCCAGGAAAAAAAAGGCACCUUAAAAGAAUCUGACAAAGCUGUGAUGACAGCUUUUGAUGCCAUUGUGAACUUCUGCGAAGAGCUGGGAUGUCGCCAUGCUGCCAUAGCGAAGUACUUUGGCGAUGUCACCCCACCGUGUAACAAGUGCUGUGAUUACUGCAAGAACCCAGGGGCAGUGAAAAGGCAGCUGGAGUCACUGGAGCGCUGCAGCAACAGCUGGAGCAAAACCUGCAUUGGGCCCACAAGUUCCUCCUGGGAUAGCUAUGACCCAGAGCUGUAUGAAGGCGGGAGGAGAGGUUGCAGAGGGUUUAGCAGGUAUGAUGAAGAAAGCAGUGGGAAUGGGGAUGAAGCCAGUGAAGAGAGUCGGAAACGGGAGUGGAACAACUUCUACAAAAAGCAGAUGAGUCUGCGCAAAGGCAAAGAACCAGAAAAGGAAGAUUUUGUUCCUCCAAUGACAGUUGAGAUGUGCUCCAUCAGCCCCAGCCCUGCUAUGACGCCUUUUCCAAAUGUGUCUUCUGUGGGACGGGAACACUGCUUGAAGAUGCUGGAAGAAGCUUUGAGCACCAAUCAAAAGGUUCCAGCAGCAGGAGGAAAAGGGUCAGACCCUCGUGCCUGUGCUGUGAAGCUGGAGUAUGAAGCUUUCCAAACCAGUAAAAUGGCUAACUCGUACAAGGCAACUGUGCUAAAGAAGGUAGCAGAAAUCAACAAAGCCUCAAAACAAGGAGAGCUGUUCUCAGUCUUUGGGUCCGGAACUGGUGGCGGCAGCAGCUUAGAAACAAAAUCUGGGUCUCCAGGAGAAGAGGACUUCCUCCCUGCAUCCCAGGUUUACUCGUUCAAACCCAAGCGUGUGGGAGCAGGAUUUCCAAAGAAAUCCAGCUUGUUCCAGACAGCUUCAGAACUGCUGAAGAUCCAGGAGGAGAGCGAUGCAAAGCCUGUCAAAAAAGAAGUAAAUUGUCCAAAUGGGCAAGACAACGGCAACUGCAGUCUGGAACUGGACACCAGAAACCCUGUUCUCCAGAAGAAAGAAAUAGCAACCAAAGCAACAUGUGAGAGUGCUGGGAUAGAAGUACUCCCUCCUGAAAAGAAGGGACAGCAGCCCAGUCCAGACACAAAAACUGCCCUUUGGGAUAGCCCUACUACAAAGCCCAAACCCAGCAAGAAGCAGCAAAUGCUCGCAGAAGCGGCUAAGAAAGAAUCACAGGAUAUUUCCAAAUUCUUCUCCCUCUCCAAAGGUGGGUCUAAAGCCAAAAGUUGCAGCUCAGCAAAGGAAGAUGGCUGUUCUGCAAGCACACUACCUCAGGUUUCUUCUCAAAGCAUGCGUCAAGAGAAACCAAUACCUCAGGAAAACAAAGAUGUCUCUGGAGGAGAUGUGACUGGGCAGUCCCAGGCAGAGAAUGAAGAGCUGGGGGAGACAGAAAUAACACUGACUGAGAGAGAGGAGGAUUUUAAGACCCAGCAAGCAGCUGAAUCUGAACUCCUUCAGGAAGAAGUUGAUGUAAAAUCCAGUGUUCCUGAAAAUGUCGCAGAAACUGAGCUAACCGUUGUUGGGGAAGGUGAGUGUGGGAAGCGACCAGGAUCAGAUGAGGAUAUGGAAAGUCCUGCAACAAAGCGGCUACGGACAGUGGCAAAAUCUUCUAUUCUGUCCCAGCCAGAAAGCAAAAGUGUUGGUCCAACAAAGAAGAAGGUGACUUUUGAUCCAAACUUAUCACAGUGUGAUAAAGAAGGAACCAGCAAGAUCGUACAGCCAGUGACCAAAGGCAUGUCCCUCAAAGAAACAGCAGACGUCGUUGUCAAAUAUUUGACCCCAUUCUACAAGGGUGGCAAAUUUGCUUCCAAGGAUCUGUUUAAGGGCUUUGCUCGGCACCUGUCUCACUUACUGACGGAAGAGCAGAACCCUGCCCGCAAGACUGUGAAGGAGGAAGCACAGAGACUCAUCAAGGAGUUUUUCAAAACAAGGGUCAGGUGUGAGAGUGAGACAGACUGGCAGGAGCUGCAGAGCUCAGAGAGCUGAUCCUUGCAUCAUGUUGGCUGUCUUCCUUCCUCCAGCAGUGGGACCAGGGGAUCUUGAAGAACUCAACCGUGGAGGGUUUCAUGAAACUGCAGAAAUGAGCUUUCUUUUCCCACUGCAUUUUUGCUCACUUCUGUCCUUAGUGACACACACUUCUAGGAAACCUGUUUCCGUGAACUUAUGGAGAGUUUCUCCAAUAACUAGGGCGCUGAAGCACUCUAGUACGUCUUGCCAAGAGGUGUGAAGUCUGCAUCUGCUGUGUAGGUUAGGGGCUGCUGCCUCAGAUGUUCUGCAGCGUCUCCAACCUCUACUCCCUGCAGCAGUCUGGGAAGGGCUCAGACUUUCCAACUGUGAGUCUGCUUUGGGAUGGCAUCUUGCUUCCUAAGUGGCUCCUCCCCUCGCUCCCAUCUUUUAGUUCUUAUUUCAGUGUUACCAAGAGGAGCCUUAUGCUACAAGUUCACAUGCUUUGCUCAGGGCUGCCAAGGAUGAGCUUGAUGUUGAGUUCCUGGAUGGAAUGUUUUCCCUUGAAGGGCAGGAGGGGAGCGUUUUGUUUUUACCAUGCAGGCAAUGCCUAGUUUCUGAAGGUGGAGAAACUCACAUUCUUUUUCUUUUAAUCUGAACUUUUUUUUUAACUUCGUCUAGUUCUGCCUGCCCUUUAACUUAAGUGGUGAUGCUUUUUCAGUAUUAACCUCUCCAAUAGUGGCACCAAGGUUGCCAACACUUUUCCAGCAUUUGCUUGUAACCCCUAAAGCCAUAUUUGCUCCCUGUGCCUCACCCACAGUCUGCAAUACAGAGGGCAACGCUGCUGUUACAACUGGUUAAGGUACUGCUGUGGCCCUCAAAUUGACAUUGUGGUGCCUCUGCUGCUAUAUUUAUAGAAGGACCUGAACCUUAGGGUAUCAGUGGGCUUGAAAUAACCUGAUUCCCUGGCACAAGUCCUUUCUGUUGGGUGUUUGUUGGGUUCUGCCCUUGUUCCAUGCCUAUAGAGGCUGGUGGCCUCAGGCACUAGUGCUGCUAGAGGAAUCUGCAGCCUGAGAGGCUAUCAAACAGGUUUUGGAUCACUGUACUCAACAGAUGUAUUUUUUUUUUAAAAUGUAUUGAAGGGUA